AUGGACCCGCACCAGCAGGAGCAAGAAGCUCAUGGCAAUGCCAUGGAGCCUCGCCAUGUUUUGCUGAUAGAAGCAGCGGAACAAUCGGAUAGCGUUGAAGAAGGGGUGAUGACCGUGGACGCUGAACCGCAUGGCGCUGAACGUGCUGCUCUGCGAGUGGAUGACUCGGAUGUGGAUAUGCAAUCUACACCAAGUGAUGACGACGUGGACAUGGCCCGUUUUGAUCCAAAUACUACGUCGGAUGGGACUGCUGGUGUAUUGAUGAUGGUACCUCAUCUUACCUCGACGGGAACCACCCAAGAUGCUAGUGAACCCCUUCCAACCAAGGGUCGCACGAAGACCCCAGGGACCAACAAACUGGUGGCUGAAGGUGUUUUAGUGUCAGCCGAAGAAGCGAAGCUGGAAUCGCAUGAGGAUCGUGUGGUCCAAAACACGCAACACAUGAAACCUGUUGAGAAUCUGCUGCAGACAUCCAAAAACAUGGACAAAGUAGUCGAAUCUAUUACGGCGAUGCCAACUGCAUGGUCUACGGCCUUCUGCACUGAUCUCGCAAAUGGUGGUGACGAUUUGAAGGAACUGGCGUCGAUCCACCUGUUGAACCGCAUUCUCGCAGCAAAUGGAAUGUUGGGCACAUUUAACAAGCGUGCGAUCAGCUCCCACUUGCCCCUCGGGAAAACUCGGAGCUCCUACGUCAGCUACUUAGCUGCGGAACUGAAACGACAAAGCGCUGAAGCAAAAACCCAGUGGGGGGUUCUGCGCCUGCUUAGCGCCUUUGAGUUGCUACUGAAAGCUACGUGUCCCUUUCUGACUGGAUCCAGUGAAUGGGUAGAUUAUCCCGUCGGAGAGCACGAUGCAGACACGUCUUCUACUCUCAGCGGAUGUGCGGUGUCUGCAACAACAACUCAGCCUAGUUGA